CUAGUUUUAACAUGCAAGAGUUUGAUAAGAUUUGAUAGAGCAACUACUCAUUAAACUAAGAAAAGUAAUAUUUUUAAAUAGCGUACAACUAUUUUGUGAAAUUUAGGGGUUUCAAGAUUUGAUAUUAUUUGCCAAAAUUUCAAGCUAAUUAUUUCACACUACCUCUACAUUUCUAUAAAAUUACAAACAAAAACAAUAACAUGCAAACCUAACCAAAAAGCAAUAACCAAAAAUUUCACGAUUUGCGAUCAUGUUCCCGCGUAAAACCAAACCAAGUCAGCUGUGCGGCAGAAGCUGUGACUGUGCUCUGCUAACUUGAUUGGGUAAAGCAAUAAGUAAUAACAUAACCUUAAACCUAAUUAACCUACGUAAUCGGCUUUUACUUUUCAUGUAAAUUGUUCUAUCAUUCUGUAGAUAAAUUUAUUAAUUAUUCAAGUAAAAUGCCACCAAAAAAAGGAAGCAAAGGUGGUGCGUCAAAAAGCAAAGAUGAGGAAGGAGGUAAAUCCAAAGAAACGAAAGGUGGAACAUCGGUGAAGGUGAGACAUAUAUUGUGUGAGAAACAUUCGAAAUGCAUGGAAGCAAUGGAAAAAUUGAAAGCAGGAAUGAAAUUCAACGAAAUAGCUGCCCAGUACAGUGAGGACAAAGCUAGACAAGGGGGUGAUCUCGGCUGGAUGACUCGUGGAUCGAUGGUGGGUCCCUUCCAAGAUGCUGCUUUCGCUUUGCCCAUUUCUAGCUUAGGUUCACCGGUUUACACAGAUCCUCCCGUCAAAACGAAAUUCGGCUAUCAUAUUAUUAUGGUAGAGGGUAAAAAAUAAUGUUAAUUUCCAAAUGAAUUUUGAAUAAAACACUUUUUAUUUUCAAAUAA